AUGGCGGUGUCCGCCGGCUGCGCCGUGGUGUUCGUCAGCCAGGCGUGGCGCCAGUACAGGGAGAGCCCCAUCAGGACCACCGUAAGGACCACCAACUUCCCGCUCUCCGAGAUACCUUUCCCUGCCGUCACCGUCUGUCCCACCACCAAAGUGCGCCGCACUGUCGGGGAGAAGCUGCUUGCAAGCUUGCUGAACAUCACCGAGCUGAACGACACGGUGCGUGGUGAGCUGCGGCUCGUGAUGGCAAUGCUGGCCAACCACGAGUUCCCCUACAACUACCGCGUGUGGCAGUACUACAAUAGUUCCACAGACAUGAUCAGCAAGCUCAACGAUAAACUCAAUGUCACGUGGUUCAUGUUGCAGGUGAUGCCUCCACUAGAAAAGAUGCUUGGUUUGUGCAUAUGGCAAGGUAUAUUCCAAAACUGCACUUCAAUAUUCUCGCUACAACGUACCGAGGGAGGCUUCUGCUACAGCUUCAAUUCGCUCACUUCGGAGGCAUCUAGGCAUUGCCUCGCCUCGGGGCCCACCACCGGCCUCGAGCUCACCCUGUACGACGCGCCGGACGCCGACAAGAUCAGCCCAGAGCAGCGCGACCACCACGGCUUCAGGGUGCUCGUGCAGAACGUGGAGCAGCCGCCGGAGUCGGCGCGCGGGCUGCUGGUGGCGCGGCGGCGCGGCCGAGUCAUGAAGCUGCUGCUGAGCGCCGCGCUCACCGACAGCCGGCGCCACCUGCUGCGGCUGGGCGCGCGCCAGCGGGGCUGUCUGUUCGACAGCGAGGCCACGCCCCUCCUGGCCACCGUCUACUCGUUCAAGACGUGCCUCAUGGACUGCCGCCUCCAGCACAUCCUACGCCAUUGCCGCUGCGUUCCUUACUACUUUAACCAUGUGCCCGAUUACCCAACAUGCAACUUGUCCAGCAUUGCGUGCAUCGCGAGCAUCGAUAGAGACCUGCGGUUCUACCGCGUGGACGACGGCGGCGCGCCAGAAGGCGGGCAGUCGGCGGGCGCGCUCAACUGCUCGUGCCUGCCCGACUGCCACGUGUACGCGUACGGCGUGGACGCGCGCUACGAGGCCAACCCCGCCAUACGCUCCGACGCCUACCUCGACGUCUACUACUCAGAGUCCGCCGCCGUCUUCUACCUGCGGGAGCUCACGUUCGACGCGGCGCAGCUCAUCGUGUCAUUCGGAGGCAUCCUGAGCCUGUUCCUGGGGGUGAGCGUGCUGUCCCUGGCUGAGGUGCCGCACUUCGCGCUGCGGCUGGCCACGGCGCUGUACCGCGGCAGCGGGUCCACCACCGCCAAUGCCACCACAACGGAUCACCAGCCACAGUCCGUGUGGGUCACCACGGCACCGGGUCGCCGACAUCCCACUGUCUCUGACCAUCCCUGGAGCACAGUGUCAGGGCCUAAGCUACGCGUACUGCGCGACACGGCGAGCAUCGCUAGCAGCAGCCACCGUCUCCGGACACGCAAAGGCACGAAAUGGCUCGGGCGAAAGUCCCCGCAAUUGCCGCUCUUCAGGGGCGCUCUGCGGCUCAAGAGCGGGAAAAUUGCGGCAGUUGCCGCUCCACAGGAACACUCCGACACUGAAAUGGCGCUGGCGCAGUGGAGGGCGAGCGUCGCAGCCCGGUGGUGA